AUGGGGAAAUCAAGGUCAAGAACCACCAACACCACAACACUCACCAAUGCCUCUCCCACCAUCCGCCGCUCCGCACUAACCGAGUGCUCUCUGUCCAACCUCACCCCCUCGGACUCUAUCACCCGGAGCGCUCUCACGGUAGUCACUAUCAGCGGUCUUAAUAGCAUCGAAAACCCCACAUCCUCAACCUCAGCGUCCACUGCCGCCCCAGCCUGUACAUCCCAUCCAUCAACAACAAGCAUCAGCCGCUCCACCUGCACCACCUGCACCAUCACUCACUCUCACCUCCAUCACUGCAUCUUCGCCAACUGCAAUCUCGCCAACGUCUCCUCCAGCAAAUUCGUGCAAGCCGACCACUGCACGCUAGAGAAUGUCAUCUCGCUCCGAAGAUGCACGAUCCGCGACUCGAUCAUCGGCGAGUGGUCGUGGAUGACGCGAUGCGAGGUGACAGCCUCCAGGGUUGGAGGCGGGAGUGCCCUGCGGCGGAGUACCAUCAGUGACUGUCGCGUGACGGGCAGCCGGGUGAAGAAGGCAAGGCUCGUGAACUGCGAGAUUGAAGGGUGUGUGAUUGUCAAUACUGAGCUCAAGGGAGUGGUGGCCAAGAAUGGGGUUUGGAAGAAUGGAAGCUUGGUGGGCAGGGUUGAUCAGAGUCAGGAUGUGGUGAUUGUGAGCAGACAUAAUAAGGAUAAGAUUGAUAACUCGGUCGCAGCGAGGGGAGUCGUAGCUGAGAAAAGGAGCACCGAAAGGGAUCUGCUUGAGAGUAGUGACGACGGUGCUGAAACCGAGGAUUGGGAAAGAAAUGGCCGAAUACAGUUCUGGGAACUUCAAGGGACGGAGCCGCCACCUCCUUAUACAGCUUAA